AUGCCACCGAUACCUUACAUUACAUGCAGUCAACACGUGCCUGAUAAGGAUAGUGUGCCUGGGCCUAAGGCAAAGAAUAAUCCGAAGGUGUCACUUCCUGAACGAACUGCUGCGCAUACCCAACCGCGGACGCACGCUGAAGUAGGACCUAGUCAUACGGGGCCUAAUCCGCAACGACAACAACAACAGCCGGGCCGAGGCCCGCGGAUCCUCAGUGGCUUUAGAAGGCUUGUUCGUAUACGGGGACGUGGAAGGGGAAGAGGUGAUGACGAAGGUGACGAAGGUGACGAAGAAAUCCCUCCCAGCGAGGGCGACCGCAAGCCGAAGAGAGUUGAGCUCCGUCGGAUCCCCGGGGGCGUUUUGUCCAAUGACGGACUCCCCAUGCGUGACAGUUUGUGGGGGAACAAUGAUCAGGAGAUGGACGACACCAUCACCCCAACGCUCGUUCAAUUGCCCUGGCACAUACGGAUGAUCAACGAGAAGGACGACUUGAACACGAUUGCAGUCCAUCUCGCCUCGUUUCGACGCAACCUGAAAGACUGCGGGGUUGACUUUGCUGUCAACCACCGUCCCCUGUGUUUUAUCGACGAUCAUGAUCGUGAUGGCAAAUGGCUCAAAUACACCGACUCGGAUAAACGAAAUGGCCACCAUCUUCACAACCUCUAUUUUCACGUCGGAGAGCAGAACUGGGCCACGCUCUGUGUCACGAGGGAGCACCAUCUCACGGGAUCCGUCUGGCAUUACUGGGCUCUUGCGGUCAUCGCGGCACCGCGACAAUCGCCGGUGCAGACCCGCCACGACGCCGGCAUGCACCUGCUCAUGUAUGAUUCGAAACCAGCCCCGGAACCGAGAUACCAGCGACACCGAGAUUACUUUGUGAACUAUCUGAGCGGCGAGCAGGAGGCCUUGCUCAUGGCAUUCCUCGAAAAGUUCCGAGUGCUCACUUUUGCCAUCAACCGAGACCAGAUCCCCGUUCAGGGGGAGUAUGAUCCCUUGCGCUUUACCAUGUGGUGGAUCUGGGCUGUGGCUCGCUACGGGGGAAGGGAUUACCUGAGGGAGGAACACGACGGCGAGGACUUGGAUGACCCGCGCUGGAGGCUGGCCAACUCACGCCAUAUGGACUUGACGCCGAACCGGCUGAGGACUAUCGAGGCGCGUUUGCGGGGGACGAAUAUUCGACGCAUGUGGUCUUAG